AUGGUAGCGAUCCAAGCUGCCCUCGCUGACCGCUGCGACCCAUACUGGAAGACGAUUUGCCCGUGGCUGCUUCCCUCGAACAGAGUACAGGUCGACCCUCUGCUCGAGUCGUACAUCCAGCCUCGCCGUCUCUGCACACCUUCCCCCACCCCCACCAUGUCGAGCGAGGACGAUCCGCAGCCGACAUCAGCGGCUGCGGCCGCCCCUCCUCCUGCAGGCGUGAACGACGCCGCGACCAACUCGCAACCGUCCCUUCCUCCGCCAGCACCGGUUGACAAACCGGCUGACAAGAAGAUGGACAUUGAUACCCCGCCGGCCCCGGCGCCGAAGGGCUCCACCAUCUCGACCGACAGUGACAACUCGGCAGCGGGCAAGUCAAGUAACUUUUGGCAAAGCUCGGUGCUGUCUGCGGAACCCCAAUCGACCGAGACGCUCCACUCACAGCCGUCAUCGACGAACGGAUCGCAGAUCUCUCUCCGUCCCUCUCGCUGGCACAAGGCGCGGUCAACAUCGACCGAGUCGGGUCUCUCCCUCUCAGGCAUGACAACGUUAGGCUCGAUGUACAACGCCGAGGGUUUUCCGAACUACCCGAUCUCGUCGGACGAGGACAAGGACGUCCAGCAGCUGGCUGUUGACGAUGCCGCCAUCGCCAAGCAGAUCGCCCUCACUGACGAAGCAGUCCGCUCGAUCAACGGCACGUCAAGCGUCUUUCAGGCUCGCACCAUGAACAACAUGAUGCCCGCUCCCCAAUCCGGCAACACGUACGAGCUUCCGCGAUCCAUGGCUGCCUUCGUCCGUCGCGGGGAAGGCAACGAGCGUGAGCUUCCUACCGGCCGCUCCUUCGUGUCUUCGGGUUCGUCGACUUCCUCGGAGGAGUCGGAGCACCUGGCGUCGGUCCAGUGGGUUGAGCAGGUGUCGAGACCUUCUCCGACUUCGUACCAGCCGUUCAACCCCAACUACUUCUACGGCAACAACGGCAGCGCGAACGCCGCGAACCAACCACCCAACCCGAAGAUGCCUCCACCUUCCUCAACUGGCCGGACCCCGAUGUCACCGCGUAACCGGAACGGAGCACCGAAUUCUGCCGGUAGCCAACCCGGCUUCCAGCGCAUCCCAAGCACCGGUGCUGCAUCCGCCAGCGCUCCGAACAGCUCGAACACGCCGAACCCUGGCGCGUCCGGCGAGGGAUCAGUGGAGAACGACGACGAUGACCAGACUGUCGGCUUUAACAGGGAAGGCAGCCCUUCAUCGUCUUCGGCUAGCGGCCUCGAUCUCCUGUCCCACGCUGCCGCGCACCACGAGCGGUCCCGCAGCCACUCACACACGAAACGGAAAGCGGGCGCGGAGGCUGUUGCGCAAUGGCGUGAAAGUGGCAUCCCGUCUGGAGCAUCGCGCAUCAACGACAUUCGUGCCGGAUCAGGUGGUUACGACUCGCCUGGAUACGAAAGCACGCCGAGUGACGGACAGCAGGAGGUGCGCGAGCCGCCAGCAAAGCGGCGGAAGAGCGAGCUCGAGGCGCCCGAUGCUCGCCUCGCACAGGCUACCACCAUGGCGAACGAGGAAGGCGAUUCGGACUUCCACACCGAGGGCAGCGCCUCUGACAGCGAGUACCAGGGCGGCAAGGCCAAGGGCCGGCCAGCAACGAAGACGGGCAAGACGAAGCGGGCAACGGGUCACCGUGUGCGUCCGACGCUCCCGGCGCCUGCAGGCUCUUCCUCGCCUGCGCCGCCUGCCAAGGCGCCGCCGAAGAAGGGCCGCAAGUCUUCUCCGACACCGGCCGCCGGCGGCGUGCAGUGCGAGUACAUCAACCCGCUGCCGCCGUACCAGCGAUGCACCGAUGUGUUUACGCGCAAGUACGACAUUCCCCGACACAUGGCGCGCCACGCGCGACGCGAGGGCGACCUUGUCGCUGAGGGCCGCCUCGAGGAGCGUAAGGCUCUCCUCUGGUUGAGCAUAAAGGACAAGCCGAAAAUCCAGUGUCCCGUCUGUAACGAGUCAUUCACGAGAAACGACGCUUUGAAGAGGCACAGCAAGAAGUCGGGCCAUGCGCUGCCCAGCUAG